UAGUUCGGUUGGCCUGUCACUCCAUAUAAACACCGCCGGGAGUUUCCGUAGAAUCACAUUUGGCCGUCAAGUCUGAACAAUGGUUAACAUGAGCGAUCUGCAAUUGUUACCAAACUAUCCACAUUCGAAACACAGACUGUCCAGAAGGCGAACGAAUAAAAGGAAAAGGAUUUGUAGGGGUCAAUUAUCUCCAACAAAUUUGCAGACUUGAUUAAGGGAGUCCUUUUUAAAAAGGUCCAGAGUGAACCGUGUGACUGUGCGUUGCGAGAAGAUAUGACUGCCGAGUGGCUACACCUGCCCCCGCCGUACCCCCCCAGCGCGGGGCCGCUGUGUGGUGCAGAGUUGGAGGCGUGGUAUGAGGACCUGCAGGAUAUUCUGGGCUCCGAUACAGGAGGGGCGAAGCUGGCGCGCGCCCCCCCAUGUGGCGAGAAGGAACCAGAGUUCCUGGAUGUUCUGGAGAGUUGCUCCCUGACGUGGUUAACUGACGGGGGUCAGACGUGGGGAGAGGGCGUCCAGAGGGCGACUGAGCACAUCCACAACCCCCAGCCUCCACAUCACACCACCUCUUCCUCCUCCUGCUUGACUCCAGCAGAAGAGCGGAAGGUGGAGGCCAGGAGCAGCGGCGACCUGCUGCCCCCCGAGUUCUUUGAGCUGCUGAGUGAUGGAGGAGUAGGGAUGGUGGAUUCAAGCAGUGGCGGUUAUUACCACCAUCAUCAGCAGGCUAACAGCGUGUACCCCGCAUCUCCAUCGGCCAGUGAGGAAGAGUCACCCCGCGUCCCAGACUCCCCGUCCUGCUCCUCGUCCUCCGCCUCAGAGUCUCCGUCCCAGCGCUGCUCGUCCCCUUCGUCACCCGUCUCGUCCCCGUCCAUCUAUUCGCCCUCGCGCCAAGGCAAGCGCAAGAGGAGCGCCGCCAGCGAGAGGCUCAGCAACAACGGUGCCUUGUCAUCCUCGGGCGUCUCCACUCAGCGCAUGUCCUCGUCGUAUUUGUCCGCCAAAAAGAGUCGCAAAGAGAGGGAGCAGGAGAACGAGAGGAAGGUGCAGGAGCUGACGGAGCAGAACGAGCGCUUGAAAGCAGAGAUUGAGAGAUUGGGAGAGGAAGUACAACGGACGCGUCGGGCGCUCAUCGAGAGACUUGUCAACACCAGGAAGUGAAGCCAGAAAAUCUUCAAGAAUUAGAUGGAAAAAGUGUGUGCGCGCGCGCGCGUACAAAAUGCUCCUUGAGACUGGAAAGUAUGAAAACCAAAGAUAUUUUAAAGGUGGAGAGUGUGAUGAAAGUCAAAAGGGCGGCAAAGAAGAAAGACACAGCAUGUGGAAAAAGAACAGAAGGGUCUUUGUGCGUGUGCGUCAUAAAGCAGCUGGGAAUGUUUGGGGAUAAAAGGGAAAAAUGGCCGUGUAGGAAGUGUUUGAUUUGUACGUUCAUUGUCUUUCCUUCACACCAUCUUUGCAAUUCAUUGUAACGCCUCUUUUUUUUUUUAAAAAAAAAAGGGCUGCAAUCUGGCUAGCAGAGAUUAUUUGCCCCCAAGGUGCGGAGAAUGAAGGAGCUCAGGAAGUUUUCAAUAUGCGCUUUGUGAGUAUGACUAUUUUUAUGGGGGGGGGGGAUUUUUCUAUAAUCAUGUGUUUGAAUACACGAGCUACGCUUUGUAAAGGUGACCUUUUUUAUUCAUCUGGGAACUGGUGGUUUCUCUCCACUUACUAUUUUUAUAGAGCUGUAAUAAUAAUAAUAUAGUAUACUGUAUAAGUUUGUACUGUCCAAUUUGUCUACUUUUCUUAAGUCAAAUUUAUUACUACACAAAUAUGCAUGGCUUAUUAAUCAAGUUUUAUUUGAAGGCAUCUUUUCAGUUCAUGUAAUAACAAACGUGGCAAUAAAAGAAGAAAUGUU